ACAUAUCUGGGGACUCAUUUAAUGGCAAAGAAUUGUAUAAACAGGUAUACUAAAACAGAAAAUGCUGUGAAAGAUCAGACGUCAACUUUACAGAAUACAUCAUGAGAUAUGAAACUUAAAGAAUAAAAUAGAAACAAAAUCGAUACAAAUACAUAUCAACUCAAAGAAAAAUGGCUUAUAAACAUCUUGUAACAUUUAUGGGGUUGCUCAUGGCAUUCACCUCUGAAGUUCAAGGUCGUGUGCACUGCAUGGAGGGUAAAAGUGACGAGUUUCCCGAUAAUGUCAACAUAACGACAUCAUGUGGGAUGCUUAAAGCAAACGUAGGAGAGCAGAUUGAAAUCCAAUGUAUUCUUAACCCAGCAUUGGCUAUACCCCCGCAUAAGAUAGACUGGAUUAACCCGAAUGGCACUAACGUUCGUAGUAACACAACGGGAGCCGUACAUCAAACAAACGGAACCUUAAUGAUUAAAAAUGCUGAUUUAAAACACACAGGCGUUUAUACAUGCAUCGCCACAAAUGGCACUUUCGUCAAGGAAGUUCACAUCAACAUUUACGAAAUUCCAAGCUACUUAUUCGAGGGAAUGAUUAUCGUUGCAAUCAAUGGUGUAUUAUUGGUUAUAUUUACGAUUGGCUUGGCCAUUUCAGUAAUUCGACAAAGACGUGAAGAAAAGCUGUCAGGGGGAUUUCAAAAGCAAAAGAAACCAAAACCAUCAAAACAUGAAACUAAAUUUCAGAAAAUUGAAAAAUGAUGAUUCAUUCUUUGAUAUUUUUAAGGGAGCAUGUAAAAAGAUUUAUGGCUAUAUAAGCUAUAUAAUAUCAGCUAUGGGAAGGGUGUGUGAAACCAAAAAAUAAGCCUCCCAACAUCGAUCCCCAAGAAUUGCAUCAGCCAUUUUUCGUCUAAUGUAUAU